UUUCAAGAAUUAUGGGAUAUGUUGUCAAAUGGCGCUAUCUUCGAAGGGAUAAAGAAUUUUGACAUCAGCCAUGUGACUGAUGAAGCUCAAGGUCGUUGAGAGAGGUCAAGGUACAAGAUGAGUACAGACCGAAGUGCAUUGAAUCCGGGUCUGAGUAUGAUGAACUUUGAUGGCCUUGACCUUCAGAGUCAGCAGGAGAAGGAGCUUCAAAGGGAAAAUGAACAGCAACAAAAUGAGCUGAAAGCUUUGCUGAAGGAUGCAUUUGAUGAUUUAAUUGAUGAAGAUGAUGAGUUUUCUGUGACAUCUGAUGAGGGUGGAGACUCACGGAAUCAAAGCCUCCAUUUCAGAUCUAAGGAAGAUACGGAACCCAUUGUGGAGGAGGAUGAAGAGCCUUCUGGAAUGGUGUUUCCCAGGGAAGGAUGGAACAGAAGAACAUUUCCCCUCCCCACCUCCACCCCUCUUGGGGGCCUCCCAACAAUAGCACAGAGUCCAUAUGGCUCAAUGUCUUCACUGAGACAAUCUCAAGAGAGCCUUAGGGCAUCUCAAGAGCUGCUGAGAUCAUCUCAAGAGGGAAUUUUGAGAAGAUCCCAUGAAGGUUUGUUAGAGAGUGAUGGUUACCAUAGUAACAGUGAACAAAGCAGCACCAAAUCAUCCAAUCAUCAUCAUCGACCUCAACGACAUCAUCACCAUCAGUUUCACCAGGUUCCUGAUUGGUCCAAUCAAAAUGUGUUCUCACACCAGGGUCAGCCAAAUGUUUACGAUCCCUCUCAUCAUGGUAACACAUACAUACCACAUCAUGUGACUUCGGAGGAUCAUUUUAGGUAUGGGAAAAUUCCAGAGAGACAAGAAGCAGAGGGAGGGGCAGAUGAACACUCAGAUGUUGGGGGUUUGCCUGGGCAUUACCAUUAUCAUCAUCUUCAUCAUUACAUUGGCUAUUACAGUGACAGACAGGAUGAAGAGGAACAUCCAAGGACAGACAAUCCAUACAAGCCAUACUCAGACACACCCCAUUCUCAAGGAUACCAACACACUUUACAGUCAGACCAAGGUUAUGUCACAAAUUCUACCUCAGUUUCACAUGGGCAUCCUGUUCAUGCUACCCCAGUCUCAACAGGGUAUCCUGUUCAUUCUUCACAAGAAUAUCCAGUUCAUGACAAUGCCCCAGAAAAAGAUUUCAAAGGAGAAUACCAGGUUACUUACAAACGUAGAGAAGACCGAGAAGAAAGUGAAAGUGAAGAGGAGGUGCCAGAGGUCAAGGAGAAAAGACCAAAACUUGAAGAGGGACAUGAAAGUUCUGGAACAGCUGGGGCUUUUGACAACAGACAGUUUGCCCAGCUUCAGAUCCUAUACAAAGCCAGAGGAAACAAACUGGAGGAAAUCACCCGAGACUUUGAGCAGUACAAGCAGGAGACAAGCAGGGAGAUCCGCAUAUAUAAACAUCAAAUUUCAUUGGCCAAAGGUGAGAAGGAGGGAACAUCCACCAGUCUCAAACAAUGCCAGGAUCUUCUAGUGGAGGCAAAGACAGAGAAUGCCCAGCUAAAGGGGAAACUCCAGGCCACAGAGAGUCAGGUGGAGGCCCUACAACGGGGGAAGGAGGAGGCAGUAAAGAGCCAUCAAACUGCAGAGUCCACAAUAGAGACUUUGAACCAACAGCUUGCUGAGAUGGGGGCAUCAGAUAGUCUCAACAGAGCUCGAGUUGAGCAUGAGCGAGUUUUGUCAGGAGUCCAACAGAAACAUGACAAGGAGGUCAAAGUUCUCAAAGAAAAGAUUGAGGAUCUCUCAGAUAAACUCAAUGAUUUGAAUGCAGAAAACUCAGUGAUGAGACAGAAGCUAAACGAGAGUUACAAAGAAGCAGAAAACUCGCAGAUCUCACGAGCCGAGACGAUCAAUCGUCUGACCCGCAGCCUGGAAGAUUCCCAGAAACAGUGCCGAAUGCUCCUAGAAUCAGCUUCCUCACAUGAAACAAGUCAGUUGAAGAUCCAACUUCAGCAGUGCACAGCCUCUAAGAAAAUAGCUGAUGAAAUGAUUCUAUCUUACCAGGAAGAGGUUAAGGACUUGAAGGAACAGCUGAACAUGUUUGAGGCCGCGUCUUGUCUGGGUGUGCUCAGUCAGGAGACCACAAGGGAGACAAUUCAUGACGACUCUAUGAUGGACCUCGGAAUCAAAAAAACAAUAGACUUUGAUGAAACUCCGGAGCCUGUCAAGUUCAGUUCUGUGCCAAAAGGAGCAGAAUCUCAAGACCUGGUGACCAAUCUUAAAAUAGAACUUGAAAGAUGCCUUCUUAGCAACAAGGAAAAGAGAAUUCAAGUCACCAAGCUGCAGGAGGAAUUAAGGACUUGUAAGAAGGAACUAGAGGAGUUCCGAAUGCGCUGUGAAAGAGCCGAGAAAUCAGAAACAGAUUUGAAGUCCAAGCUUCAGGAGUGGGAGGAGCUAGUGAGGUCUGAUGACAAGGUGUCAGCUGUCGAGGCCCGCCUACAAAAGGACAUCAAGAAUCUCAAACGGGAGAAAGAGGUCCUCAGUGAAGAUGUAGAGGAUUUGAAAAAGAGGCUGGAGGAGGUCGCAUCCAGUGAGGAGAAGCUGUCCGAGAUAAACCAGCAGUUAACUCAGCAGAUGUCUCAGAUGGUGAGAGAGUACGACGAGGACAAACGAGAGGCGCUCGAUCGGUGUCAACGAGCGUGCGAGUCCGUACAUGAGACAGCCAAAGAACAACUGAAGCUUCACAUGAUUGACGAGUUCACAGCAGAGAAAACCAACCUGAUCACAAAAUAUGAGAGGGAAUGCACACAGUUAAGAAAUGAUUUGAAUUCAGCCUUACAUGAAGUGGAUCAAGUCAAACAACUCUAUGUCAAGGUGUGUUCUGAGAAAGACCUUUUGGAAGAGAAGAUGAAAAAAGAAAAUGAAACUGAAACCUUCCAGAAAUUACAAGAGUUGAGAGCAGAACUGAUCAGUGAGAAAGAUAAGGCUGUAGAGAAAGUGAAGGAAGAAAUGGCUGCAGAUGAAGAGGAAAUCCGGUCAGAAGUUACAGAGUCCUUACAAAAGAAAAUGGAGGCAGACAUGCAGAAGUUACUGGAAACUAAGAUUGCUAUGUGUAAAAUGGAGUGGUUUGAGGAACAGAGGGCUUCUAAACAGGCUGCAGUGGACAAUGCGAUCAAACUGACCGAGGCAGAGUGGAAGGCAAAGUUAGAGACAGCAGUGGACACAGAGGUUGAGUCCCGACUACAGGAAGCUAAGACAGAGUGGCUAGCACAAAGGAAGGAAGUUUUCGACUCUCAGCUGAAUCAGGAAAAGGAAAAGUGGAAGAAAACUGCGGAAAAUGAGCUCCAACAGAAAGUGAAAGAAGAGAGAGAAAAGUGGAAAAAGACAUCAGAGAACGAGCUCAAACAGAAAGUGGAAGAAGAGAGAGAAAAGUGGAGGAAGACGUCAGAGAACGAGCUCAAACAGAAAAUUCAGGCAGAGAAGGAAAGCUUAGAGAAGGACACAGAAAGAAUUAUACAAGAAAAACUAAAGGAGGAGAGAGAAACAUUGAGAAGGGAACUAGAGAAAGAGAACCAGAUAAGAGUGUCGGACAACAGAGAAUUGUGGGAAAAAGAAGCACAAGAAAAGCUUGAGAAAGAAAAAUCAUUGUGGGAGAAGCAAGCAGAGGAAAAACUGAUGUCAGAAAAGAGAGCUUGGGAGAAAUUGGCAGCAGAAAGUCUGUCAGCUGAAAAGGAUGCCUGGGACAGAGAGGUGGAGGAGAAAUUUCGAGAGGAGCGAGCGGAGUGGGGGAAGGCGACAGAGGUGGAUAUACAGAGGAAGGUGACAGAGGCCAUUGAGAAAUGUCAAAGAGAGGCUGAGAUGGAAAUGAAGCGGGCAGUCGAGAGGGAGAGGUCAAAGGUCACAUCUAAGACAGAGUCAGAUAAGGAGUCUUGGUUGAAGAAAGAGAAGGAGAAAUGGCAGAAAAAAUCUGAGGUGGAAUUAAGGGAGAGGAUCCAAAAGGAGCGGGAGGACUGGAAAGAGAAAGCAGAGAUAGAUAUUCUACAGAGGAUCCAAACAGAGAAGCAAAAAUGGAAUGAAGCUAAGGAAAAGGAGAUCCAAGUGAAGGUAAAACAAGAAAGGAAGAACUGGGAGCAGAGCCUGGAAUUGCAAACACAGGAGAGGAUCGAAACAGAAGUGGAGGAGAGGAUCUCACAGGAACGGACCCAGUGGAAAGCAGCAUCAGACAGGAAGUUGUCAGAGGAAAUUCAGGCUGCUGUAGAGCAGGCUCGCAGAGAAUGGGAGGACAGCCAUGAAGAGAAUGUGCAGAAAAUCCAAGACGGCAUGGAGGAGUCCAUCCAGGAGCGCAUUGCUGCUGAGGUUUCAUUAGCCUUGGAUGAUGCCAAGAAACUGUGGCAGAAAGAACAAGAUGCAGAGACAGCGGCCAAUAAUUCAUCUUUCGAGAUUUCCCAGAGUGUGUUAAAAGAGGAAAUAGAGACACUGAAAAAAGACCUGGAAUCGCUGACCAUGGAAUUAAAAGUGCGGGAGGAAAAGUUCCGGAGGGAGAAGUCCGAGUUGUUAAGACAGAAGGACGCUGAGCGAAAACAAGCAGUGGAGGAGGUACAAGAUCAGUGUGAGAAAGAUUAUGAGCAGUUUACGUCCGACCACCAUGACACACUGACACUAGCACUGAAAACUGCACGUGAACAACAUAAUAGGGAGAAGAUGGAGCUGGAGAAGAGACAUGCUGAGGAGAUCAGGAAGCACCAGUUUAAUGAGAUCCAGUUGAAGGAAGCUUUAAAUAGCACCACCUCUGAUAAGAGCUUGCAUCUCACAUCAGGAGAAAAUGAGAAGCACGAGAAAGAGAGAGAGUUAUGGGAAAAGGAGAACUACCGCUUGAAACAGGAAGUGAUGGAGCGAGACCAGCUUCUUGAGAAAGCCGACAGACAUCUUUCACAGGAAGUGGACCGCCUACGUCUAGAACUAGAAUCUGCCUAUCAAAGUCGACUUGAUGCUGAAAAACUAAAUUUGAAGAAAGAGUUCGAAAAAGGAAACCAUUUGGACAAAUCUGAUAGGUCUGAACUGGAGGCAAAAUUAAUGGAUCUUAGACAUGAGAAAGAGAGAUUCAGGACUGAAUUGGGCAAAGUCACUGAAGAAAAUAAGAAAGUGAUUGAUGAGAUCCACAAGGUCACGGAUGAAAGUUAUAAGGUCAAAGGUCAAGUUCAUAAACUCGGGGAGGAGAACAAGAAAUUGAAAGAGGAGAUAAAAGUCAUGAAGGAACAAGGCUUUGGUGAGAGUAAGAGAUAUGUGAAAGAAAUUCAGGAAUUAAAGGGGAAGUUAGAGAACCAAGACAGGAGACUUAAUGAGCAAAAGGGUCAAGAGGUCGAGGUUCAGAAACUCAAGGCCGAAUGUGAGAAGUUGAGGUCAGAAAAUGAUGUGAUUUGUACUAUUCGAUCAGAAUCCGAGAGAUUAAAAGCAAAAUGGCAGGAAAUUCUGUGUGAAAAAUCUGAAAUGGAAGCUAAGUUUACGAGUAUAGAGUUGGAACUUAAGCAGAGUGAAAAGGAGAAAUUGGAAAUGGUAGAGAAUUAUGGGAUGCUGAAGUCGGAGCUGGAUAAGGUGGCCUCAGAGAAAAUGCUCUUCUCAGAGAAUGUGAAAAAUCUUGAGAUGGCGUAUAAAAAAGACCUGGCUCAACAGAAACAGAAGCAGGAAGAAAGUCAGACUCGGCUCACUCGCUCAGAAAAAAUGUUGCAGGAUCUCAAGCAUUAUUACAAGAAUGAGAUAGAGAAGGUGAAGAAAUCUCUAGAGAAAGACAAUGCCAUAGCGAUGGAGUCCAUGAAAAACAAGAUGAGGGAAAUGGCCAAAGCUCACAAUGCUGCGAUGUCUGCCCUGACACGACAGUAUAAAGAGGAAAUAGUGGAGAUGAAGGAGCGAUCGACAGACAAGUGUCUCAGUGACACAGAGGUUCAGACUGACUCUGAGGACCUCAGUGAUGAAAGCAUGUUUGAGUUGAGGGACCAGUACCUGGACACUGUCAAUAAGAUCAAAGAUGAUGUCAUGAAGCACAUAACAGAUACAAACAUGCGAGCUGCCGAAACUGUCCGACAGGAAAUGCAGAAGGAACGUCACACCACACUCGCUCAGCUCAAAAAGAUUUAUAUGGAGAACGUCCGCAAAGUCCUACACAAUGAAAUCAUUGGAGCCAAUAUCGAAGCCAAGCUAGCAGACAUAGAAGAAGCUCUGGAUGCAAUUUCUUUUGAUAAAAGUUCAAGGUCAAGUUCAAGGUCAACAACACCAAGGAGUGAUAUGUCAGCACCCAUUUCGGGUCAGGGACAUUUAGAAUCAAAGUCAGACUAUGGGGUGAAAUUUCAAGGAAACAGAGAUAUGAACUCUGGACUGGGAAAGUCUGCUUCUGAUUUUAGACAAAAUGAUUUUCACUCUAAACACAAUGGCUACUCCACUGUGUCAAGGUCAUACCAGGAUAUCCGUGUUGCACCCAUAUCAAGGUCAAAUGAUUACAUGCCAAUGACAAGGUCACAUGAUUAUUCCAGUGAAAGGUCCAAGUCACGUCCACGAUCAGCAGGUGAUGGAUCUGCAAGAAAGACAGAAGACCGGGUUCCAUAUAAAAUGAACAGUGAUUUGCAUUUGGAAAUUUCAUCAAAAGGAUCGCCAUCGAAUAAUAUUUACCACAGUCCACCCCAACGUAGCUUGAAACUUUCUCCAGAAAGGCUAGAAAGUCAUCAUCCAAGAGAGAAAAGUCGAACAAAUCGUAUUCAGAGAGACAGAUCGGUCAGCAAAGAAGUGACAUUUAGUAAAGACUGCAAGAGGUCGUCUCCAGAUAGAAUGGAAUACGGAAGACUGCAUCCCAAUAUCACCUCUAGAAAACUUUCCCCGCGUGACCAUUCCACUUCAAACGAGAAUUCUGAUCAGGAAUACAAUAGCCCCCGGACAUUUAAAUUGGGGCAGUUCAAUGGUGUCGACUUGCUUCCUAGUAGAUAUGUUGUUCCUUCUUUGAGGGAUCAGAAUUCAAAUAAAUUUGAAGCAGUUGAUCCACAUCCUGUGGAGCGGAAAUCCAAACUUCAACAGGAAGAGAUCGCAAGUCCCACUUCUUCACUUAACCACAGUGCCCUCUAUAAAGCGAAAUCAGAAUCAGAGCUCAGUAUGGAGCAAAAGAACAGUUCAUUAGGAGGAAGCUACAAAUACCUUCCACUCAGGGAUGCCCUCAAUAAACCCAGUGACCUUACUGAUUCCCCCAAAGGCAGCAGCUUGUCCCAGGAGGAUAUUAGAUUUUCAAGCAUGCAGGCUAUGAGUUUUGAUGGUAAGAAAGCUUACAGUGUUGAUGUGGGUUUGCAGAGUUUGGGUUUAGACUCCCGCUCCCCCAGAAAAUUUAACCCCUCCCCAGAAAAACUGACCCCUCAAAGAGAUGCUGGUGAAUCUCCCAUGGGCACACCAAGAAUGCAUAGGAAGAACUACUCCCAUGAUAAAGAUGGCUUCGGUGAUGUCGAACAUGUACGGAAAAAUCUUGGCCAAGGUUUUAGUGCGGAUAGCUGGACUGAGGUAUUACUUAGAACAAAAGAACCAGUUAAAAACCUUGUUCAGAAGUUUGAGCCCAAGAGUCAGUAACUUUUGUGUGGAUUAAAAUAAUUAAUGAGCUGUUGGGAUGUUAUAAAUGUUGAUAACUUUUAAAUGAUGGGAAAAUCUGCCUUUUAAUUUUAUUGACUCCAGAUAUUAUGAGAUUGUCUAUGUGUAUGAGGGUUUUU